CCGACACUGCGGAGCGUGAAAUCUGCUCCGCGUGUCUGCCUAUGUAGCCGUCAGUAGCGGCUCUGAAAUGAAAGGGAAGACUAUUUUUCGAACAGAGACACCGGCGGAAGUGUCAGAGGAGUUUGCCCGAGCGGCUGUUACUGCCGCCCUUCCGUGUAGAGGCCGGUGGAUUAUUACCGCUCCCCGGUCAUGAUGAACCCGGCGCCGCGCGGUGCGGCUCGUGAGUCCAUAACAGUCGAACUGUGGUGGUGCAGAGGCGCGUGUGGUGGUGUUGGGACAUGUGAACGAGCGGUUUAGUGACAGAGAAGGGACACAACACGUAUAGUUACCGCAUCUGAGUGAGGAGACAUACUCUGUGUGCGCCAUAUUCCCGAUGCACCUGCACCUACAGCAAAAUGGAUGGUGAUCCUUAACUGAUGGAUAUCUGAUACAGUUUCUGCUUUUACCCCAAGAUUUCUUUCCUGCCAAGAACCAAACGUGAAGCCAUUCUAUACAAGUCUACAUGGUUUUAUUCAUUUGUUACUGAUUGCAAGGACACAUAUCUGGAGGUGACUUAUUGUGCUCUAUGUUUAUUCAUAUGGAUCUUGGCAUUUGGCUCAUUUUGAUUUUCAUAACAGAUCAAAUAAAGAUAUUACAAAGAUCCAAGCACCCAUAUACCUUCAUGUUGGAACAGCCUAAAAGAUCCUGUUUCUUGAUAUUUAAAAACCUGUAGAAUGCUUGAUCUCAAGAUGAAGGAGACAUGUCGUAUUUGUGGACGGGAGCUCUGCGGUAACCAGCGGCGAUGGAUCUUCCACCCCACCGCCAAACUCAACUUGCAAGUGCUGCUGUCUCAUGCUCUGGGGCGAGAGCUGACCCGGGAUGGCAGAGGAGAGUUUGCCUGCUCCAAGUGCACCUUCAUGCUAGAUCGCAUGUACCGCUUCGAUACAGUCAUCGCCCGUGUUGAAGCUCUGUCCAUUGAAAGGUUGCAGCGGCUCUUGCAGGAGAAGCAUCGACUGAGGCAGUGCAUUGGUGGGCUUUACCGGAAAACAAAUUCAGAGGAGGGUGCCGUAACAUCCACUGGAACUAAUGAAGGGCCAGGAGAUGGGAUGGUGGAUAUUUCAGGCCUAACCCAUGCAAAGUAUUGUGCCCUCCUCCAGGAUGAUCUCGUCUACUCUUUGUAUGAGUCCUGGGCUGAUGAGAGCCUGGACGGCCACCAUCACCACCACCCUCAGUGUUCUGCUGGUCCAGGGAUGGAAGCUACAGGUGCAGGCUUACACCGCUGUGUGCCCAGCACUCCCAGAAGGUGUCGGGGAUGUUCCUACUGGCGGGUGACAGACUCUGACUAUGAAGCUGUGUGUAAGGUUCCAAGGAAGUUGGCACGGAGUACUUCCUGUGGGCCAUCAACCAGAUAUUCAGCCAGUGUUAUUGGAGGGAGUGUGACUGGAGGUACAGGACGGACAGAUAGAAAAAAUGUAGAAGAUUCAGAAGAAGCCCCAUCGUCCCGAACUCUGGUCCCUGAAUCUCAGGGCCCCUCCAGGACGUCAGACAGUGAUCGAACUCUGGCUGGACGAGCCAGCUCCAGCCCCUCUGUUGCAUCACUGGAGAUAGCUGAAGAAUACACCCAACCUGGAACCAUGACAGAUGGACCCCUAAGCUCCCCAAGGGAAGAAAUAGAAGACCACAUAUCUGACUCACUGUCUGAGGAGCACAUGGGGGCACCACAUGGCCAAGUCUCACCAGGACCCAGCCUCUCUCUGGCCCUCUGUUUGCUGCAAAGCUAUGCUGUACAUCGGCCGGUUCGCACCACCAAAGGGAGCAAGCUGCCAGUCUUGCUUCGACAGAGCUCCAGUAAUGGAGGCACAAGGCUUAGCUUCCCUGAUCCAGUUCUGGGAAUGUCUUAUGGAACCCCAGAUGAAGACAGAGACAACCACAUGUCAACACCAGAGCUAGACACACCUCUGAUCAGACUGGAUGUUGGGCAGGAUCAAGACCAGAGCUUGGAUGAAAUGGAAGAUUUAUUGGAAGAUUUGUACAGAGAAUAUCCCCCCCCAGCCCCCCACCAGAGCCUUGUUGAAGAGCAGCAGAGCCAGCUCAACCAGUACGAGUGUGCGGCUGGUCAGUGUGUCAGCGAGCUGCAGAAAGCCCAGCUUCAGGUGCAAUCCCUGCAAGCCAAGAUCCACGAGAGCGAGGCCAACAAUAUGAAGCUGCAGGAGAAGCUGAAUGAGAUGGAGUGUGAGCUGCGUUCCCUUCGUCAGGCUGCUCAGAGUCAGGAACGAACCAUUCAGGGCCUCACUGAGUCCAUCAGCACCAAAGACUGUGAGGCCAAGGAGCUGUACCAGCUGAUAGAAGGACAAAACACCACUCUGUGUAAGUUGCAAGAAUUGGCCCAUCGGAAUCAGCUUGCUCAAAGUGAGGGUCCAGUAGGGGUGAACAAAUCCUUGACACUCGCCCAGCUUCAGAGCGAGCUGGUCGGAGUGCAGAGCUCCCUCUUUUCUCUCGGUCUGGAGCUGGAGGCCAGCCAGAGGAGCCUGAGACAGAGCCAGAGGCAAGGAGAUGACCUGCUGAGAUUCAAGGACAGACUCAACUCUGAUCUGCAAGAGGCACUUCAACACAGAGAGGUUACUGAGAAACACAACCAGGACCUGCAAAGAGCCCUUCAGAAAACUCACUCUGAGCUUCAAGCUAAAGAAGCAGCUCUGAAGGAGAAUGAGUCAGAGAAACACACAGCUAUGCAGGAAAAUAACAGGAGCAUAUCACAGCUCAAACGCUCCCUGCAGGACAAGGAGCAGCAGCUAAAGGAGUACUCUGAGAUGUUGGAAUCAACAGGAAGUUCCAAACCAAGAGAUGCUUUGCUGGAGAGGCUAAAAGAGCGGAUUAAAGAAAGAGACAGAGCUCUGGAGCGCUCCAUUGAUGACAAGUUUAGCUGUCUGGAGGAACGCGAAAGCCAGGUGAGGAGACUGCAGCUGGCCCUCAGAGAAAAGGAACGUGACCUGGAGAGACUCCGCUGCAUCCUGUCCAACAAUGAGGAGACCAUCACGAGUCUGGAUGCCCUGGUGCGAGGUAAGGAGCUGGAGCUGGAGCAGGCAGCAGAGGCCUACAGGAACCUGCAGUGGUUGAAGCAGCAGAGUGAGGAGAAGGGGAGAAACACUCUGAGAGAGAAGGACACCAUCAUUAACCAGCUACAGGCAGCCCUGCAGAAACGUAGCCAGGAGACUCAGGAUCUGACAGCUGCCCUCAUUGGCAGAGUCCAGGCUGGUCCCACUGAGGUAGUGGAGGAGCUAAAAGCUCGGUUAGCUCUGAAAGAGAAGCUAUUCCAGGAGCUGUUGUCAGACCGCAGUCGUCAGACUAAUGAACACCAUGCACAAGUCCAGGAUCUGCUCAACACUCUCAGCUCCAAGGACCAGUAUCUGCAGGACUACUCCUACAGGCUUUCCUUGGUGAUUAGUGAGCGGACAGUCCAGCUGCAGGAGCUCCGCAAACAGCUGGCACAAAAAGAACAGGAUCUGUGUGAGCUGAGACGGGACAAGGAGAGGGAGAUGGGGGGAGAGAUGGAGAAUCUGCAGAGUCUACUCAAAGAAAAGGAAGCCUUUAUCAAGGAGCUGAUUCAGACCCGAGAAGAGGCUGUGCAGCUAUAUUCAAAGGAGAGCGAAGCAGAGAUAAAGGAUCUAAAGGAAGAGAUGCAGCUGCUGCUAAAGAAAGAAAUGGAGGCUCAGAAGGAGCUCUCAGCUCUGCGUUUGUCUCUGGCUUGCCACCAGUCAGGGGAAGUUGUCACUAAAGACAACACAGAUCACCAGUGCGUGUUGGAGCAGUUAGUGUCUGAGCACAACAAGCUGAAUGAAGCCCUCAGGGCAGAGAAGAGAUUAUAUCAAAAUCUGAUGCAGGUUCAUAAAAGUGAAGGCAACAGCUCAGAGAAGACCCAAGCUCUCCACACUGAACUAGAUUCAGUUCAGGCACUCCGCAGACAGUUGGAGGAGGUCCUGGCCAGGACCCGUAACAUGGCCCUGGCACUGGAGAGGGCAGCUAAAAGACAGCUUGAGUUUGGAGAGCUCAGCACAGAGGAGGAAGAGGAGGAGGGAGAUGAUGAAGAUGGCAGCAGUGAAGAGUUCACAGACAGCAUAGAGGAGGAUGACAACAACGUGACCAGCAGAAGCCUGAACUCCAUUCAGGGAUGUGUGAAGGCUCAAGAAGCUGAGUGUGUGACUACAGAGCUUGUAAGGGGGGCGUUUUCCCAGAAAGCUGAUCUAAAACAACUUGAGGAAGCAAAGAGGUCACUUGAAGUUGAACUUGAAGAAAUAAAGUACCAGCUAGAAAAAGAUGGAUACAACUCUAUGGCUGAGAUGAGGAGUGCCCUGCAGAGGCUGCAGCAGGAGAACCGGCUUUUGACAGAAAGCAAGGGACCUGCUGGAACUGUGGGACUGAAAAGAAAUGCAAAAAAGAAUCUGAACCAAGAAGAGGAGGAGGUUAGUGGAGGAGAGGAUGAAGAGGUGGAAACAUCACCAGUGCUGCCAGGCAAGCGAGGCCCUCCUUGUUCAACUCUAAGCAACGAGCGAGGAAAGAGGCACUGCAUGAGACCACGCUCCCUGGACCUGACAUCCCAUCAAACUGUGAGGGAUGUGGGGCCUGCUGGUGGCAGCAGUGAGGUUGGAGUGCUCUGGCAGGAUAUAGGGGAAGGUCUCAGAGAGCAAGCAGCUUGCCUUCGCUCUGACUUGGUUCUGAGCCAGCAAGAGAACAGAGAGCUUCAAGAGAGGCUGAUGGUUUCUGAAGCCACCGUCCAGGCUCAGGCUGAACAGCUGAAGGACUACAGAGAUCUGCUUACAGAGACAUCUGUCCAGCAGGCCAGUAAGCAGGUGCAGGUGGACCUCCAGGAUCUGGGUUAUGAGACAUGUGGCCGUAGUGAGAACGAAGCAGAGAGAGAAGACACCAGCAGCCCAGAGUUUGAUGAUCUGGAGAUGUGCACAUCACUGUCCCAUCAUCAGAGCUCUGAAGGUGUGGGCAGUGGCUGGUAUGCUGCAGGAAACUGCGGCAGUGACAGAGGUGCUUAUGAAACGCGGGAGGAGUCAGCCUCUCUCCAGCAUCUAGUUCAGGAUCUCCGCUCACAGCUCACCCGCUGCCACAAAGUAAUCCGUGGACUUCAGCUGCGAGUUCGCUCCUUGUCCACCACCAGCGACUACGCCUCCAGCCUGGAGCGAACACCUCGCAAGGUAAACUGGGCAUUUGAAACAUCAUCAGGCCCCAGUGGUGUGGAAGAAGAUGAGGGCUGGAUGUCUGACACCCAAGGAAUUCGCUCUAGCUCCAGGCCAAGUAAGGAACUGCAGGAACUGAUGGAGCGAGUUGCUUCACUGGAGGCUCAGUUAAAGGGCAGCACAGUGGAGGGAAAAGGCCCAGCGGACGAGGGAAAAUGUGCCACCUGGCCUGGGAAGUACAACACUCUGAUUCAGGCACAGGCUCGUGAGCUGUCCCACUUGAGGCAGAGGAUGAGAGAGGGGCAAGGAGUCUGCCACAUCCUGACCCAACAUCUGGGAGAUACCACAAAGGCAUUUGAGGAGCUCCUGAGGGCCAAUGAUAUUGAUUACUACAUGGGUCAGAGCUUUAGAGAGCAGUUGGCUCAGAGCAGUGCGCUGGCACAGAGAGUAAUCACCAAGAUAAGUGGACGAGAGUGUGCAGAGAGCCAUGACGACAAAGCAGGCCACGAGUUGCUUGCUUUAAGGCUGAGUAAGGAGUUGCAGCAGAAAGAUAAACUCAUUGAGUCGCUCCACACCAAACUACAGCAGCGUCCUGAAACCCCAUCAAGCUGCCACGCUCUCUCUGAGACCACUGACCAGUCGGACAGAACCUCCAUGGUGUCUGAUGAGUACCAAACCAAUGAAGACUUGGACAUGUGCUCUGAUUUAGACGCCAGAGAAUAUCAGGAUGAACUCAGGCUGCGGCAGCAAGAACCUGCAUUAGAACCAGAUGUCCACCCAUCUCUCCCUCCUCCUCACCGUUCCCUCAAGUCUUCCAGCAGCUGUCCCAACAUGCUUUGCUCUGCCACUGUGGGUCUGACCAGUCGUCUUGCCAGAGGUACGGGACUCACAGAUGGCUAUGACUUGCAAAGUACCAAAGAUCAGUUUUUCAUUUCUCCUCCUACUUUAUGUUCUGUCAUUUCCUGUCAUUCCCACCCAGCUGUUUUUAAUGUACCUGCCUCCUCCUCCCUCUCUGUUCCCUCUCACCCUGAUGUUUGGGGUAAUGAAGUCACUUCAGACCCCCAGCCCAGGGCCCUGUCUGUGAUCGCUGUUCGCCCAGAACUGGACUCGCUGUACAAACAGAUGAGUGAGCAGAGCAGGGGUUUUGUAACUCCCCAUGACAAGACUCCAUUCAGUCUUUCACCCAGUGCCCACAACCAGCAUGACCUUUCAAGCUACAGCCAGCUUUCCCAUCAUACCUUUCAACAAUACCAGCUGGGUGGCCACCCUGAAGGCCACUCCAUGAAGUCUGAUUCAAUUACAGGAAGGUCCUUGUGGGACAUAGAAAAUUUUGUUCAGCCAGUUGGAAGCUAUUCUGGACAUCAACUGGGAAGCAGCCAAGCAGGGGUAAAUUUGAUAGAGGAACACCUGCGGGAGGUGAGGUGUCUCCGUCAGCGUUUGGAGGAGUCCAUUAGAACUAACGAGAGGCUCCGACAGCAGCUGGAAGAGAAACUGGCCUCUGCUGGUCGUGAUGGAGGAGCUCCAACAAACAUCUAUAUUCAGGGACUGGACAAUGUCACUCAACUGUCCAAUGAGAUCAGAGUCCUGAAAGAGGAAAAUUUGAGUCUACAGUCGCGCUUGCAAGCCAACACAGACACAAAUGAGGAGGUGGUGCAGUUGCGUGAGGCGGUGUUCACAGCACGCGCUCGGCUGAAGCAGGCAGAACUGGAGGCUGAACAGUGGAAGGAGGAGCUGAGGCGUCUUCAGGCGCACAGUCAGGAGCAGGGCCAGCAUAUUCACAUGCUUAGACAAGAACGACAGGCUGGCCAGGAGAAAACCAACAGGCUACAGCAUGAGGCGUCUCUGCUGCAGCAGCAGCUGUGUGAGAGCAGGGAGCUCAUCCACUCUCUGCAGAGCGAGCUGCAUGUUUACGAUCGAGUGUGUUCAAGCACAAAGUCAACCAAAGGGUACCUGUGUGAGGUUGCAGGUCUCCCAGUGGAGCUGGGCGAGCUCCUUGGGGAAGUAAGGAGUCUCCGGGCGCAGCUGCAGAGCAGCGUUCAGGAGAGCAGCGCCCUCAAACAGCUAGAACUCCAUAAGCAGCUGGAACAAAAGUUAGGUGUCGGGUCGCCUCGGACUCCAUCUCUCUCCACCCUCACUGCCAGCCCCCAAAGAGAAAACUUCUACAGACGACAGUUGCUGCAUGACCCUGCUCCGUCUCCACCAGUCAGGGACAUUGGUUUGUUUAACUGUGGAUCUCCCGGUCUCCCCUACUCAGAUUUGGAUGAAAGCCAUAGCACUGCAAAUGACCCUCUUGACCCCCACUCUGAACUGGAGGGGGAGGCACCUGAUGGCUCAUUUGCAAACCGUAACGGCCGCCAUGCUAUUGGUCACGUGGAUGACUUCAGUGCUCUGCAACAGCAAGUCCUAGAAGGCCGGAGCCUCAUCCAGCGCAUGGAAACAACUCUGCAGGCUUGGGUCGGUCCGUCUCUGCAGGAGGGCAGCCAGAAACAGAGCAGCGAGCUGGUUUUGGAUUAUGUUCAUGUGAAGAGUCUUCUGUCCAACACAAAGACUCUGAGGCAGAUCUUGGAGGAGGCAAUGUCUCUGCUGAAGAUGUUUUGGAGAGCAGCUCUUCCUAGCACUGAUCCUUCCAUCCAAAACCUCAAAAAGGAGCAGUGUAUGCAGGAGGAGAUCUUGUCCCUGAAGCUCCGUAUAUCUGAGCAGGAAGAGGUUCUUAAGGGGACGAUACAAAGAUUAAGGAGCACCAGUCGCACCAAGGAGUCUAUGGAGCACUUCAUCGUCAACCAGUUAUCAAGGACCCGUGAUGUGCUGAGGAAAGCAAGAACAAAUUUAGAGAAGAAUGAGCUGAGACUUUCCUCUCUAAGCUCCUCCUCUUCCUCUCCUUGUGCUGCUGAAGACCCAGGAGGUGUUGCCAGAGAGUGGCCUACUCAUCACAGUGUCCUAAAGACCAGCUGUGCUUCUUCAGUUGCCGGGGCAGCAGCCAAUCAGCGUCCAGUAGCGAGGAAGCGCAGCAGCCAUUGCCUGCUUUAGACUUUUAAAGAAACCAGACUCAGUGCUACCACUUCUGACCUCUAUGCUAAAAACAGCCACUUUCCUUCCUCUUGACCCACACACCAGCCUGCCCUCUCCCAUCCAACCCUCCUCUGUCCAGCCAUGAGAGGACUUCCAUUCUUUCCUCCUUCGGGCAAAAUAUGCGCAGUAUAAUCUGCACCAUGAGCCUUAUCUAACCUCCUACACCCUCUCGCCUGUUUGUAACAAUACCCUCCAUCACAUUUAUUCUUCUUUGAGUGAUACAGUCAGAAGUUUGCCUUGUCGUGUGUGUGUGACAGAAGGCUGAUUGAGAUGUGCCUCUGGUGGUUUCAGUGACGUGAGUCCUUCUGAUGGAACUGGCUGAAGAUGCUUUUAACCACUGAUCUAAGAUUCAUGUGGUUUUUUACCAGAUCAGAGGGAGUAUUAAAGAAACAUUCUGGUCUUUUAUGAAUAAUACUUCAUGUUUUAAAGAGAGUCAAAGAUUGGAUCAAGUUUCAAUAAAACCCCCUCUUAUCUGCAUUUAAGAGCAUCCCCUCAUAGCCAGACAGCCUGUAGACAGAAAUGAGGUUUGUGCAUGUUUAAAAUGGCUUGUGGGAGGAAUUCUGCACACAUGUACACACACAUACACAUUAAAUAGUAUAUUUACUUGUGUGUGAUUGAACAUAGCUCACUCAAAGACAAGACAGCCUCACCUACAACUGCCACAGAAAUGCAAGUUUACGCUUUGUGGCACUUUUAAUAACAAGGACAUCUUUUUGCAAAUGCAAUGCAAAAAAAAAAAAAAAAAGACACCUACAGUAUAUUCUAACACAAGAUGGGAGAAUGUAGUGUAGGUAGGUUGUGUUCUAGCUGCAUCUGUGUUUGUGGAGGAAGCUUAUGAAUGUCUGCCAUUAGCCAGAGAACCGUCCCAAAGGUGUUUUAUUGGCAACAAGCUGCAAAAUAAAAAUUAAAAUAACAGAUCAGACAGAGGAGCUGGGGUCAUUAGAUUAAGCUUGAUGUACACUGAACUAUGUCUGUAACAAGAAGAAAAAAAAAGAGCUUAAUGUACUCGAAAUGAACCAGGCUAAACACGCGUAAUCACUCCUCUGUAGGAGUUCUCAUAUGAGCAUGUGCAAUAAUGUUUCUUCUGGAAUUAUGCUGCACUGGUUUAUUUUUUCUUUGCCUAACACUGGAUUAUUAUUGUACUCUCAUAGUCACAUUUUGGACACAACUAGUGUCAUGAUUGUUACUUUUUCUUGUGUGUUGAUGCAUUACAAAGCAGUGUUACUGAGAAAUGGUGUUACUUGCCAAAGUUUGACCUUCAAACUCUUUCAGUCUGACUUGCCUUAACCAUGUGAAUGAUAAAACCCAGUUCGGUUAUCAAGAUGUCUCUUUUUGAGGGCCUUUAGAACCACAGAGAUGAUAACUGUUAGACAGAUUGUUCAGUUCAGCUAGAACUGUGCAAAAGAGAUUAACUCCUUUUUGUUGGACCAAAAUUCGAUAAAGUAUUUAUUUCUUUUUUUUUAAUUAGAAGACCAUAUGUUUUAUCUUAACGUUAUUUUUCCUGGUUCAGGCCGCUGUUUUAUUCCCAUGGUGAUGGCAAAGUAGAUUAAAUUCUGACAGAUACAAGCUUUGGCAGUCUGCUGAUUCGGUCAUUGUUCUACAAUUUCUUCACCUAGAACUGUUUACCUUUACACUUAGUUUGUUUUGUUUUUCUUGCUGUACAUUUGCUAUUCAGUGCUGUAAAUAAUUAGCUUUUCUGUAUGAAAUUUACAAGCGUGUGUUUGUGUGCAUGCAUACGUGUGUGUGUGUGAGUGAGAACAUCCAACAUUUGCUUUUUGCAAAGUUGAUUAUCUGGGUAGCUGUGCAAUAGCUUGAUGUAUUUAAUUUUGAUGUUAAACAUCAUUAUUACAGUAUAUGUAUGUUUUGCUAUUCUCAACUGCUUGAGUGUAUGACUCAUAUGCAGUGUGUGUUAGAGCGUUAUACCACCUUGAAACAAAUAGUCAGGCUGCAUUUGAUAAGUAAUCCCAAACUAUGCCUUCAUGAUAUUAAAGACACUGAUCACCUAUAACAAAAAGUUAAUAAACGUUGCUUCGCUUGCCUUUAGCCUGAGAGCUUCUUCAGUCUGCUCUCAGUAGUAGAAAUGGCCUUGAACAAGUAUCUCAGUUCUGCCAAAUUAGGUUUUGUUUGCGCUUGAGGACAAAUAUUGCCAAGUAUUUGGAGGAGGGUAAGAAGUUAAAGGGACACGUUUUGAAGAUUUGUGUAUUGUUUAUAGACAAAGAAAAAGCCAGCUUCUGAAAUGGUUGUGAAAUACUGGAUCCACAGCACCUUGUUAAAGCAUAAGCUAAAGCUUUUAGCCAUUUGUUGUUAAGAAGGGAAUCGAGCAGUGGUUUGAAAUGAUGUACUAUUGGUACUGAGUUGCAUAUGUAUAUAAUGCUUUCUGACUGGUACAGCUUUUCUUUGAGUUUGUGCAUAAUUAACUAGAAAGCCGAUUCAGGACUCAUAAGGAUCCUGUCUCUGAACUGGUGUGUUUUUUUGGCAAAAGUAUUAGAAAUGAAGGAUUUUAACAAAGAAUUAAUAAAACACUUCAAAAGUU